UCAUGUUAUUUUCCUAGGCAUCUGAUUUGACGUUUGAAGUAUUGUGUGGUUUCGAUUAACAGGAGGAUCGACUUUUUGUGGCAUCGCGUCACUGUGUCUGAUGGGUAAACUAGAAGAAGUUUUUUCAGAAAAAGAAUUGAACCGGAUAAAAAGGUGGUGUAUAAUGAGGCAACAAAAUGGUUACCAUGGAAGACCUAAUAAGCCCGUAGACACCUGUUACUCUUUUUGGGUAGGAGCAACUCUAAAGCUUCUGAAAAUUUUUCAAUACACCAACUUUGAGAAAAAUAGAAAUUACAUCUUAUCAACUCAAGAUCGCCUAGUAGGGGGAUUUGCCAAGUGGCCAGAUAGUCAUCCAGAUGCUUUGCAUGCAUACUUUGGGAUCUGUGGCCUGUCACUAAUGGAGGAAAGUGGAAUUUGUAAAGUUCAUCCUGCCCUGAAUGUAAGCACACGGACUUCUGAACGCCUUCGAGAUCUCCAUCAGAGCUGGAAAACCAAGGACUCUAAACAGUGCCCAGAGAAUGUGCACAUCUCCACAUGACUGACUUCACUUAGGUGGGGAGGGUGGGGGGAUUUGUAGCAUAACUGUAGCUCAAGGUUAAAAGCCAUGUAUAACCAAUGUGCUCUUUUUUUAAGAGGUAGUCUCACAAUCAAAUCUCGUGCCGAUGUCACUUUGGAAUAUGGUCUUGAGCCAGUAACCUUUGUACUGGGUUUCAAGAAAAUCUUUGUUGAAGUCUGAACCACAGUGGACUCUGUUGUGGUUCUUAAAUGUUUCUACUGUAUUUCUAAGAAGUUCUUUGGGGCAAAUUAACUAUAUGUAUGUAGGUUAUAUUUUUAAAAAACUCUACGAAUUGUAUCAUACUGUAAAAUGGACACAAAUCUUCAAAACAAGUUUACAGUUCACAUAGCAUCGAUAAUCCUUGGGUGAACACUUAGUGAUCAUUUAAAAAGCUUGAUAGCUGAUGGUAGGAAACUGCUUUAAUGAAUUAAGUAUUUAAGAUUCUUCUUUGAAAACAGAUGAUUCCAUAAUUUUUAAACAGAAGAAUGACUUACUUUGUCUUAUUAAGUGUGCCAGUUAAACUUAUGAGGCCUACAUAAAUGAAAUUAACUUCAUAGCAAGGAUGAAUAGGCUUAACUAAUACAGUAAUUUUCUAAAGGGACAUUGAUUUAAGAAGACUAUUAUGUAAUUGAGGGAAAAAUAAUUUAACUAUGUGAUUGUGAAUGAGAAAGUUUUGUGCUGUGUGGGUCACUUAUUUAGAUGUUGUGAGGGUGAAUAACAGUUGUGUUUGAUUUUAAUUUCAUUAGUUGCUUUUUCUUCUUUCUGGGGAGAAAAUAGUCAUCUAGAAGGAAAGACAUUGAGUGGUUUGGUUUAUUUUUCUGAAAUAUGUGAUACUGUAAAUUGUACUUUUAUAAGGGAGUUAUUUUUAGCUAUUGGGUUUUUUUUAGUUUGUUGCCUCCGGAGUGUGUUAGUGGUUCUGAUUUCAAAAUGACAAUUUUCUAAUUUUUUCAAAGUAAAUAAGUAAAACUCUCAGUAAAAAACCAGAACCACUAAAGUAAAUUUAAUGGUGCAGCUCCAUACAUGGUCAUUUAUAUUUUUAUAUUUUCAGGUAAGUGGAAGGGAAAUGUUCUGUUUAGGGGUUAAAGACUGGGGUGUCGCUUUUGUUCUUCUUGUUUUGUUCAUUCUGUGAACUAGCUAAUUGUAAAGGAAAUCGUGUAAAAACUCAUCUUCAUUAGUAACCAAUUUAUCAAUAAAUCACAUCAUCACUGUUGUUGGAAUGACGUUCAAAGAUGUGAGGCAAGUACUGAAAUGGAGAAGAAAAUCUCUUCACUGAAGGAGAUAGGUUAAAGUUAAAGUCUUGGUGAUAAUAAAUGUUGAAUUAUUCUACACAACUAUCAGUAUAAAAAAUUACUAGUAUUACUGUUUAGGAAUUAUAAUAUUUAAAUUUUAAUUUCCUAAAUUUGAGGAGAAAAUGCCCUUAAAUGAUGGUCCUUCCAAAGGGAAAUCUGGUAUGUGCUUAGAGAAAUGAUUCAUUUGUUGUUGGCAUCCUUAGUUUUAAAACUCCUCUUGCCCAAGUCAACUUUAUUUUUUUUUUAAUUAGAAAUAAAAUCCGUUUUCUGAUUGUGGGGGAAAAUAUAAGCUUAAAAGCA